AUGGUCGGGCCAAAUUCAACGAGAGCCGCAACUCGACUUGCUGCGGCGGCGGCAGGAGCAUCAACUUCGAAUUCCAACGAUCGCAACAACGCCCCUCCCGCGCCGAAACUAGCAAAGCCCCUGAGACCUACCCUUACACCAAAGGAAAAGAACAGACUCGAGAGAAAGAAGAGGGAGGCUCGCAAGAAGGAAUUGCGAGAAUUUAAGGCCCGAAAACAAAGAGAGCUGGAGGAAGAAGCCAUCCGCGCGAGAAAUAUCGGCCGACCACUUCUUCCCCUCAAGCACGGCUAUCCUCAAUACUCCGUCAAAGCUUCAUUCCGCAGCCCGAACCCGAAGAGUAGCUUUGCUGGACACAUCAACAACAACAAUAUGAAGGAAGCACAAAGACUCUUCCAGGUCCGUCUACGAUAUGGCAGAUUCAAUGGUCACUUCGUGGUCUACGUUGAGCCUAAGAAGGAAUGCCAAAUCGGCAGUCCUCGUAUCAUGAGGCUGUGCGAAGAAGCUGUCGAGUUCUUGAAAUUCUGGGACUCGAGACAGAGCGUGAUGACCAGCAGUGUCAGCCUCAAGGAUCACUUCUUUGCUUGGAAACCCGAUCAUAAGACCACGCAAAGCUCUAUUUACCGCUAUAAUCUCGACGAUGUCGAUCUCGAUGAAGUUUACAAGCAAGCUGUACUGAACCGUCCUCCAAAUCCUCAGCCAGCCGAGAAGAGUUCACGGAGCAAGAGUCACAAUCAUAAAGGCCCCGUUGACAUGGAUGAGAUCGAUUCAACUUCAGUUCUGGGUAGAUUGAACAAGCCUGCUCGUGUCAAAAAGCGAAGACGACCCAAGAAAAAGGCCAAGGCAGCUACGCGAGGUGGUGAAGAUAGGACAGACGCCGAGUCGACUUUGGGACCUGUUGAUGUUGGAGAUGCUACGCAGGAUCAGGUAGAGAACGAAGAUUUGGUUCAGGAUACAAAUGGUCUCGACGCCGAUGAGAAUAUUGAUCCAAACCUAGAUACCGUUCAUGAUCAGCCCAUCGACGCCCAAAGUACCGGCGACUCCAACAAGCCAGCUCCAAUCGACGACGAGAAUGAGUCUCUCACAGAAGAAGAAAUGACCGCAAGAAGAAAAUCCCAGAAUGCUUACUACCGGGGACUUCUCGCCGAAGUGAACGCGAAGAAAAAGCAAGAGAAGGCCUUCUGGGACGAUUUCCACGGGAAGGAGCGUAAGCGAGAACCAGAAGACGCUGGACAAGAUCCCAACUCCCAAUUCAUUUCCAGAAAGCGUGCGAAAAACAAGGAUGGCUAUCAUAAUGGCCUUCCUUGGAAACAGCCUAAGGACAAGGAUAAACCUCAAAAGCGAGAUCGAGUCCACGUGCAUGAUUGUAGAGAUCAUGCUCCCCACGGUCUUUGUGGUGCUCCUGCUUCAGCCUCUCCCGCUCUCGUUCCGGCUAGUCUCCACAACAUCGAAGAAAAUCAAGAUCCUCCCAGACAGCAACAUCCAACAGGAGAGCAUAAUUCACGAAAGCGAAACUUCAAUGCAUUCGAAGACCGCGAGGAGGGCGAGAUAUACGACGACCCCGUCCCCUCUUCGACCAACGCACCUUCAAGAGAUGAGUGGCCGGUAUCAAGAAAGCGAAGACGUGAUGAAUCUGAGGGUGAUCGCAACAAUGAUUGGAAUUUCGAUUCGUACUACGAUUAUGGCCAGCCUGGAUUCCUUUCCGCGUCUUUCAUUCCGAGAAAGAGGGCUAGAAACUUUUAG